CUACUGAGAAACUUAUUCACUUCCUUACUAUCCCCUCUUCAGUCUAUCAUGAAUGCUGCUGCCAGACUCAUCCACCUUACUAACCGUUGUAUAUCUGCCACCCCUCUCUGCCAAUCUCUCCACUGGCCUCCACUCAGUGUCCUCCACCCCUCUCUGCCAAUCCCUCCACUGGCUUCCACUCAGUGUCCUCCACCCCUCUCUGCCAAUCCCUCCACUGGCCUCCAUUCAGUGUCCUCUACCCCUCUCUGCCAAUCCCUCUACUGGCCUCCAUUCAGUGUCCGCCACCCCUCUCUGCCAAUCCCUCCACUGGCCUCCACUCAGUGUCCUCCACCUCUCUCUGCCAAUCCCUCCACUGACCUCCACUCA